GUCUACAGAUCAGGAAUAAGUAACGGUUGCGGCAAUUGUAAAAUACUUGUGAUAUAUCGUUUUUGUUGUAUCAGUUUAGAACUAGCUAGCACAGAAAUUUUAUACAAAAUUCUUCUGUAUUUUCUAUCUAUACGUAAUGGAUACUCCGAUAAUCAAUUUAUCGGAGAAGGAGUUGGAAACAGUUUACGAACCUGCAGAGGAUUCUUUCCUUUUAUUAGAUGCCUUAGAAGCUGAUUUGAAGGUUUUAAAAGACACGAAACCUGUGAUGUGUCUAGAGAUAGGUAGUGGAUCCGGUAUCGUAAUUACUGCUCUGGCAAUGGCGUUGCGUAAUCACUGUCGAUCUUAUCAUCUCGCGAUCGACAUCAAUAGAAACGCGUGUAAAGCCACGCGUAAAACUGCUACUCUGAAUUCGGUAGAUGUAGAUGUUUUACAGGCGGAUUUGUUAAGUUCGAUACGUAGCGAUCUCGUUUUCGACAUCGUGUUGUUCAAUCCACCGUACGUAGUAACCAGAGACGACGAAAUAUUAGACGAAAGGCUUCUAUUCAAGAGCUGGGCAGGUGGUACAAAUGGUAGAAAAGUUAUGGAACGAGUAUUCUCUAGCAUUCCCGCUAUUCUAUCGGAUACGGGAACAUUUUAUUUACUGGUUAUCAAAGAAAACGAUCCAGAACAUAUUGUCCGUAUCUUUAAGGAUUUAAAUAUGGUAGGCGACAUAGUCAUGGAAAGGAAAAUUCGAGGGGAACACUUGUACGUUUUACGUUUCAAAAAAGUCAAGUAACGAUAACGUAUCUUUAACGAGGAUAUAUUUUUUUUUAUCAAAAGUACCGAAGUUUCAAUGGCCGACAGAUACGUCUUUAGAGGUUUCGUCGACGUUCUUUGAAUAGAUUGAAUUCGAUAAUUACAUUGGCAAGAAUGUUUAAAACUCUAUAGAUGUGAAAUAUAAUCCUAUCGCUUAAUGCUUCAUCCUCUAAGAAUAAAAAAAGAAUUGUUCAUCCGAGUGGCAAGCAUCGAAACGUCACUCGUGUCAGAUCGAUUAACUGGAGGAAUCAGAACUGACGAUAAUGUAUAUAAAAUAAAGAAAUUAUUUGUUGUUAUA